AAUUAAAAAUUAUAAAAUAAAAUUUUGCUCCGAGUUUUGGCUUGAAGAUCGGCCAUGGAAGAAGGCGUAGACUCAGAACAGAUUUCUGAUCAUUUCACCUGCGCUGUUUGCCUAGAUGUUUUAUACAAGCCAGUUGUUUUGGUUUGCGGUCAUGUGUCGUGUUUCUGGUGUUGCCAACAUUCGAUGCAUAUGAGAAGUGAGUCUCAUUGUCCGUUAUGUAGAAACGGGUAUCAUCAUUUUCCUGCUAUCUGUCUGACUUUACAUUUUUUGCUCAAGAAGUUGUAUCCGGUUUCUUACAAUAGACGGAAGUUACAAACGCUUGAGGAUGAGAAACACAGCUCGUUAGGAUUUUCACCGGAUAUUGACAGACUUAUGACAAGUGAAGAAUUGAACCAUAUGAAUGAUGAGGCCCAAUCUUUGAGUGUAAAUAAUGAAGAUGGAAGCUCAGUAGACCCUUCUUCUACGGAUAAAAGUAAUUUGAACGAGGGCUCGUCUGGAACUUGUGACCAGGUUUCAAUCAGUGACGUUGUGUGUGUAGCAUGCACUCAGCUACUUUAUCGGCCUGUUGUUCUGAACUGUGGUCAUGUUUACUGCGAGGCCUGUAUCACCAUUCCAAUUGAGGGAAUGCUUAGAUGUCAAGUUUGUGAAUGCCGGCAUCCAAGUGGACUUCCAAAAGUUUGCAGGGAACUUGAUUACUUCUUAGAAGAACGAUUUUUUCCAGAAUAUGCUUUGAGAAGAAGCACUAUCCAAGUCAAUCAACAGCAGACGCAAAAUAUGAUUUCACCAGAUGAGGCCAGUACUCAGUUUCCCAAAGACUCAUUUCCAGCAGAAGAGAAUUUUCUACAGUCGCAUGGGUCUAAGUUUCAUCAUGGUGUUGGCUGUGAUAUGUGCGGGAUGUGUCCAAUAAUUGGAGAAAGGUAUCAAUGCAAAGAUUGUACGGAAAAAAGUGGUUAUGACCUUUGUGGAGACUGUCACAACUCGGGUUUGAAUCUUCCAGGCAGGUUUAAUCAGAAACACACCCCAUCACACCGCCUCUUGUUAGUCAAGCCAGACAUAAAUCGAAAUGUCAUAUAUCGGCUUUUGAGUGGCCAGCUAGCAGUUGUUUCUUCAAUUGCAUCUAGAUAUCAAUCCAGUCCUGCUAAUACAAGCCCGGAUCUUCCAUCUUCUCUUGAUGAAGAUGGCGUCUCAUCCGAUACCACAGAAUAUCAAACAGACAGCUGACCUUUCUGUAUGUCAAAUAGUUUCCAAUAAAUAUAUAUUACAAUCUACUCAUGAAGCUACUAUGUUAAUAGGAACUACCUUUCAUGUGUAAAUUUAACAUUGUGUUACCAUUUGGUAAUUAGUAAGGUUUUGAUUAUUA